AUCAAAUUUCAAAAAAUGAACAUGAAGAAUUAGAAUUAUUGUUUGCAAGAUCAAUUUAUCAAUGUGGUCUGUACCUUUCAUUAUCUGAAUUAAGACUGAUGCAAGAUUUAUGGAGGAAAGCACACCCAGCCUUUAAACUGCCUGGAAGGAAAAAAUUGUCAACUACAUUGCUAGAUCAAGUGCUUGAAGAAACACAAUUGGCAACAAGAAAUAGCAUUAACAAUGCAGAAUAUACACAUCCAACUGGUGAAGUGAAACAAAAUGCUGAAAGUGUUGCUGCUGAUUUGGAGAGUGUAAUACAAACCAUUGAUAUUAGUAAACUUUCAGCUAUAAUAACAGAUAAUGCUCCUGUUAUGAAAAAAGCAUGGAGAAUUUUAGAAAAAAAAUAUUCUAAUUUAAUAUUUUUGGCUAUUGAUUAUGUUGAUCAAUCUUGGUCUGGUGUAACAACUACAACAAUAAAAAACUGUUGGGGCAAGACAGGUAUUCUCCCUGGUGGCCAAAAUUUACAAAUGAAUUCAGUGGUGAAUGAAGAUGAUGAGUUUACCAAUCCAUUUAAUAAUCCAUUAACUGAUGAUAAUAAUCAACAAGCAUUGGUCCAUCAUGUUGAAGAAUUCAUUAUUGCAAUUGAUGAACCACUUGUAACUGAAGAUACUCUUAGUGAUAUAGAAAUUGUUGAAAUGGUUUUAGAAGAUGCACUUAAAGAACACCUAUCAGAAUUAAAUGAAUAUUUUGUUGAAAAUUUUCAUAACUAUACAGCUGGCAAAAAUUUUAAUAAGAAAAGAUGA